AUGACGACUGCACAUAGACCUACUUUCGAUCCCGCCAGGGGAAAAGAAGCACAACGAGGACCGGCGUAUCAUCAAAGAUUACUUCCAGCUCAUACCCAACUGAAAUUUCGGAAGCCAGGACAAGGCGGCGAUGCGACCACCGAAGUUAGAGACCUUCGAGCAGAACUACUUCAAGCCGAGGCAGCACAUUUUGCUAAGACGACUGGAGGAUCGAGCACCGCAAUCGAGGAUGCAAAAUCUGUUACAAACACAUCAAAGAGGCAGCUUGAGAAUGGCUCGGCAGAGGACGAUGAAGAGGACCCAGAAGCAAAGCGGCGGCGCAUUCUAGAAGAAACAAGAGAUAUAGAUGCCGAUUCGGAUGACGCUGGAGAGAGUGACAGUAGCGAUGAUGACAGCGAUGACGAUGAAGACGAGACCGCGGAGCUUCAACGGGAACUCGAAAAGAUUAAGCGCGAACGUGCCGAGAAAAGAGAAGAAGAGGAACGAGAAAGAUUGGCGGUAGAAGAUGCGGAACGAGAGCAUGAUAUUGCUCUUGGCAACCCACUGCUAAACGUCAAAACCGACUUCAAUGUUAAAAGACGAUGGGACGAUGAUGUUAUUUUCAAGAAUCAAGCUCGUGGAACUGAAGAUAAAGGCAAGAAGGAGUUUGUCAACGACUUACUACGUUCCGAUUUCCAUAAAAGAUUUAUGAGCAAAUACGUGAGAUAA